UGUUACAGAAGUGAAAUGAUACAUUUGACGAAUAUAAAUAAUAUACUGUGCAUUUUUCAAUUUAUUUGCUUAAAGUCUGUAGCAAUUCUGAACGACUUGGGUUGAUGCGAUUGAAAUAGUUUUGUCAUUGAUUAAAAUUGUGCCUUAGAAAAAUGUUAGAUAUAUCAUGAAAUUCUUGUGCUGACAAAUUUACUAAUUUUUCUGAAGAUCUACAAUUGAAAUCAAAUUUCCAGUGCAGUGAAGUGAAGUUCAUUGCAGCAUGGAGCGUCAGUAACAAGACUUUAAGACACACAUAAUUUGUACUGUUAAAAUGACUUAUUGUUGUAAACAUAAAAUCAACAUGAAUGUCAUCAGAUCUUAAGGUUAGGUUGCUUGAGGACACUUCUUCAAAAUUGUAACUGUGCAUCGAUCACUAGUACAUCCUUCUAUAGUAUCUACGUGACAUGUUUCUGCUUUGGUUACUGCAAGAGAUAUAAACAUGGCAGAUCGAGAUUAUGAUAUGGGUCCAGCUACUGAAAUGAUGGUAAAUGAUUUUGAUGAUGAACGGACGUUAGACGAAGAAGAAGCUUUAGAAGGUAGUGAAGAUUCUCACAACGAGUUGUCCGACUUGCAAAAGGAAGGUGAUAUGCCACUAAAAGAUCUACUUGCGAUGUAUGGAUACGGGGAUCCGUCGACUGAAAAUUCAAACAGUUCCGAUCGAUUGUUGAUCCCAUCCGGAAGCGGUGAUCCAGAAGUCGAAGGGCAAUAUUCGGAUAAAGGUGACAACGAUGCGGAUGAUGAUGACGAUGACGACGAAGCAGAUACGGCUAGUAACGAGCCAGACCUUAAACAAUUUUAUACAGAAAUGUUGGAAAAAGGAAAAGAUUCGACGGGAUCAACGAUGAAAGGGAGCAACGCCGGUACUGUAGGUACCGGAGAUAGCGGUAGACGACAUCGAAUUCAAGAUGACGAUGACGACGACGAAGAAGGGGAAGCCGAGGAAUGUUCCAUGAUCGAUGGUUGUAGUAAUAACGAAAAUACAAGGACAGCACCGACGAUAGGAGGUACUAGUGCCGCCAAGUGUAGUGGUAUAACUGCGCUUGCUGGUUGUACAAAUGAUAAUACAGUUGGUGGAGUAGAGGGUAGUAUCGGUAGUGGCACAGUUGACGGUGGAGAGGAUGGGAUAGUUAGUGGUGCCAUAGGCAGUGGCACAUCGAGAUUAUUACGAAGCGUUUCACGACCGCAGAGCGAGGAAGAAGAAGAUGACUGCGACUACAGUCCAGACGAGGAAGAAUGGAAAAAGACAAUCAUGGUUGGUAGUGAUUACCAAGCACCUAUACCGGAAGGUCUCUGUCGUUACGACGAUGCUUUACCCUAUGAAAACGAGGAUAAAAUGUUAUGGGAUCCGAGUCAUAUACCUGAAGAAGAAACGGAAGAAUUCUUAGAACGGGCACAACUACCGGCGGUCCAAGGUGGUUCCUUGCCUGCAGGAUCUCAUAUCAGAGACGAUGAACAAGCUUUAUAUUUACUAUUGCAAUGUGGUUACAAUCUAGAAGAGGCUUUAAGAAGACGUAGGAUGAACGUUGUACCGCCAACAGACGCGGUUAGUCUUUGGUCCGAAGAAGAAUGUCACAACUUUGAAUCUGGAUUACGAACUUACGGGAAGGAUUUUCACCUUAUACAGAAGAACAAGGUGAGAACGCGAUCAGUCGGUGAAUUGGUGCAAUUUUAUUAUUUGUGGAAGAAAACGGAACGCCACGACAUAUUCACGUACAAAGCUCGUUUAGAAAAGAAAAAAUAUGCUUUGCACCCUGGUAUCACCAGGGACUAUAUGGACCGAUUCCUGGAGGAGCAGGAAGGUGUGCGUGAUCGUAGCAGUUCACCGAAUGUACAUUGCUUAUUGUAUGGGGAUGCGAAACGACAAAGGUCAACCGCUAGCGCAGCGAAUACCGAUGAACCAAAAUCAACGGAACCAUGGGAUGGUACUGCAGUUGAUCCUUUGGCAGAUCUUAAUGGACCAACUGCAGCGCCACCGCCUCCUCCGCCUCCACCUCCACCACCGCCGGCCCCGACCGCUGUAACUGUAUCAUCAGCAGCCUCGGUUUCAACCACAUUGCCAACCACAGUGUAUUGCACAACGGCAGCUCGUCAUUCCGAUUGUUCACCGUCCGACACUAAUUACGCUAAUCCGCACGCGUGGCCGAAUUUGACGUCUCGAAGUCAGUCGACGACCUGCAUCGUAACGACGGUCACUAUCAAUACUACGACCAGUACCGUUCCAAUGGUCACAGCCGUUGGAAUUACAAGUACGGUAACGACCAGUUCCAUUGUAACUCCCGUUUCCUCGAAUAACUUGUAUCAUUCGCGUGUGGCGUCUAGGGGCAACGAUUCGCACGAUUCACCGUCACCGGAGAAUAUUUUACCUCAUUUGCCCCCUUAGCGUCGAACGCGACCUUCGGGUUCUUAGCCUGGAAGGCGUCGAAUGUCUUUUUACGUGACGCGCUUCGUUCAGCACUCGCGUCAACGCUAUCGUCGAUAACAUAUAAUAUUCGUUAAUAUCACGGAUUAUAUUUUUAUACUGUAUCGUAAUACGACUAUCGAUUACAUCCAAGCGUAAUGAAACGUUAUCCGCGAGACCGAAAAAAUUUAUAUAUUAAGAUACGUUAAUCGGAAGAGAAAUCAGUUGAGUAGCAAGUGGCACGUGAACGUAAAUUACUAGAGCUUUUUCUCCACACUCUGCUUUCUACUUUCCGAUCGUUUCUAUCAUUCCUGUAGAACAGAUUUAUAAAGAAAUGAUUUUAAAUCGUCAAAACGAUUCACAUUUCCAGAUCUAUAAAUAAUUAAGUGUUAUCAAAGUGAGCGAACGAUAAAUUGAAUUACAGAAUUGUAGCGCCGGGCGCAAAUUAAAAAAAAAGAA